GGGCCCCUGGACACGAUGCUUCGUGGCGCGCACAGCCACCUCUCGGCCUCGGUAGCCCUCGCCGCGGUCCUGGCUGUGGCGCUGCUCUCGUCGUUCGCGCGCUGCUCUCUCCCGGGGCGCGGGGACCCGGUGGCUUCGGUGCUUAGCCCCUACUUCGGCACGAAGACACGCUAUGAAGAUGUCAACCCCUGGCUGCUGGGCGACCCGGUGGCGCCGCGACGGGACCCGGAGCUGCUGGCGGGGACUUGCACCCCGGUGCAGCUGGUCGCCCUCAUCCGUCAUGGCACCCGCUACCCUACGACCAAGCAGAUCCGCAAGCUGAGGCAGCUGCAGGGGCUGCUGCAGACCCGCGAGUCCGUAGAUGGCGGGAGCCGAGUGGCCGCCGCUCUGGACCAAUGGCCGCUGUGGUACGAUGACUGGAUGGACGGGCAGCUGGUGGAAAAGGGGCGGCAGGACAUGCGACAGCUGGCCCUGCGUCUGGCCGCCCUCUUCCCUGACCUCUUCUGCCAGGAGAAGUACGGCCGCCUGAGGCUGAUCACCAGCUCCAAGCACCACUGUGUGGACAGCAGCGCCGCCUUCCUCCAAGGGUUGUGGCAACAUUACCACCCAGGAUUGCCACCUCCCGACGUCUCAGACAUGGAGUGUGACCCUCCGAGAGUUAAUGAUAAGCUAAUGAGGUUCUUCGAUCACUGUGAGAAGUUUUUAACCGAAGUCGAAAGAAACGCCACGGCUCUUUAUCAUGUGGAAGCCUUCAAAACCGGGCCAGAAAUGCAGACAGUUUUAAAGAAAGUUGCAGCCACUUUGCAAGUGCCAGUGAACAAUUUAAAUGCAGACUUAAUUCAGGUAGCCUUUUUCACCUGUUCGUUUGACCUGGCAGUUCAAGGUGUCCAUUCUCCCUGGUGCGAUGUGUUUGAUGUAGAUGAUGCGAAGGUUCUGGAAUACUUAAAUGAUCUGAAACAGUACUGGAAACGAAGUUAUGGCUAUGCCAUUAACAGCCGGUCCAGCUGCAACCUGUUUCAGGACAUUUUUCUACACCUGGACAAAGCAGUUGAGCAGAAGCAAAGGUCUCAGCCGGUCUCUUCUCCAGUCAUCCUCCAGUUUGGUCAUGAGGAGACCCUCCUACCCCUGCUCUCGCUCAUGGGCUACUUCAAGGACAAGGAGCCCCUGACAGCAUACAAUUUUGAGGAGCAGGUGCAUCGCGAGUUCCGAAGUGGUCACAUCGUACCGUAUGCUUCAAACCUAAUAUUUGUGCUUUACCAUUGUGAAGACGCACAGACCCCUCAAGAAAAAUUCCAGAUACAAAUGCUGCUGAAUGAAAAGGUGUUACCCUUGGCUCACUCGCAGAAAACUGUUGCCUUGUAUGAGGAUCUGAAGAACCACUACCAGGACAUUCUUCAGAGCUGUCAAACUAGUAAAGAAUGUAACCUACCCAAGGUGAACAUCACAUCCGACGAGCUCUGAGGACUCAUCAGUGCUCUGCUGAGGGCGCUUGUUGCCAAUAGGUAGCCACUCUAAAGGCAGCAACAGGAGGAUCUCUGUGAGCUCAAGGCCAACCUGUUCUACAUAGUGAGUUCCAGGCCAGCCAAGGCUGCGUAGAGAAAUAAAGUUUGGUCCUUUUGUCUUUUCACAGAAGAUGAUAGUUUCUUUUAGAAUCUGGACAUACGGGUAAGACAUGACUCUCCCUGGAGCAGCUCUCUUCAGAAAAACUAAUUCAGCAAAACAGCUGUCCCUCCCAGUGUUUGCAGAGCUGAAAUUUUCCUAAUGACCUAAGAAAAUGCUGAUGUAGAAUGGUAUUAGAAAAUAACACUUCAAAAGUGUUGGAUACCAAAGCACAGUGGCAGCUGGGUGAGCCGCAGUGAGUGACUGAGAUGGGGACUUGAGUGAUCAUGUUGGGUUCUUUCCUUCUCCUUCACGAAGGACACAAAGAAGGAAGUCUAAUAACGUAUCCAUCCAGACAGGAAAUCAACUCGAUAUUAAGAACCAGGCUGAAGUAAAACUGAAAGUGUGGGCUAUUUUUGUUGAUGUUAUUUACAAAAAGAUUUAAACACUGUCAGUAAUCGCCUUUAACCUCCAAGUAGAUCUUGCAGAACCACCUCCAUCCCUCGGACCUGUUUGAGGUGCGCAGUUAUAAUGGGGCCCAGCCUGGUACAGGAGCCGACUUCCUUGACUGUUGCCUGGUUUUCUUUCGUUCCAUCAUGGCUCCCCUUGUUAUAUCUUGAUAUUACAUAAAGUUUAUCUUUUGGUGGUUUGGAUUUUUUUUUAAAUAAAGACCUAUCUGCCUAAUUUAAUUGUAGAGAUUCGAACCUGAUUCAAAGAAAUUUUGAGUUCUUUCAAAUACCAUAAAAGUGUUUGCUACAAUAAAUAAAUAAAAUUCUUGUGGCUUUACUACCAAAAAAAAAAAGAAAUACUCAAGUUAAUAAUAAUAAAAAAAAGAAGAAUAAUAAAAAAAAA